AACUGACUCUCAAGAUGAACACAGCAAAGUGUAUCUUACUCUUGUUCGUUGGAAUUUUCUUUUCAGAUUCGGUGUGAGUAUACCUAUUUUAACCUAUUUAGCUUUGUUUUAUUUGUUUUAUUUUACGGUGAUAGCAUAGUCAGUAUAGCUGUGCAAUCUGUGCUUAUAGUUAGGGACCAUGCAAAAUUUAUUUUUAUACCGGGCCGGAGCAAAAAGAGGACGGGGUACAUUUUUUGGAGCUGCAUAUAGAAGCGGGCUACAAAGAUUUUUUUCUGCCUUUGAGGCGGGGCACACACUUUUCUCGAGUUUACCAUAUUUCUCCCAAUUAAGCAGCAAUGCACCCAUGGUCAAAUGCACCAUUUUUUGUGUUUUAAUUAAUAUGCAAGACCUAAUUAAAUCCAUAUUUAAUACACCGGGUCGAAUCGGAGAUACCGAUAAUUACAUACUGUGAUCCUGGACCGAACCGGGAACUCGAGGGGGACUUCAACUAAAAACUGACAAAACAUGGUAACGGUUAUCAAAUUAGUUUAACAGGCCGUUUUAACGUUUUUGGCUAAUUCUCGACACUUCCCAAAAUAUUUAGUCAAGUUUUAACGCAGCUAUCUCGGUCAAUAUUGCACGAAAAUACCACGACCUAAUACCAAAUCACUGCAAUGACAAUUUUAAAGCGUCUAAACAAAUGGGCCAUUCUUGGUAUUUUAAAGAUAUUCCGGCUCUUAAAUCAUUCUCCGACACAAUCCACAACAAUAGCCACGACACUGCGGCGAAUCGCACUAUAUAGUACUUUUCAUUUUAUCCAAAAAAUUUGUUCAAAUGCUUUCUCAGAAAUACGAUGACAAAACAAUCGCCUGUAGUUCAAUAACCCAUAGAGAGGCCUACGGAGGAUAGGCGUACGGGAAGGAAAAAUUAGGAGGAAUUUGCCCGACUUUUCCCGCUUAUUAAAUAAUUUAGCGCUUUCUCAAUUCUCCCGAAGUUCGGACGAAGCCAUUCCUUGUUUAAUAAAUUAUCAUAGCAUUAAUAACACAGAUCCUUUGCCGUCAAUCAAGCGAAAUAAUUGACAAAUCAGAAUUUUCCGUCCACCAUGUAGUGGGCGGACAGUAUUUCAAGCUUCCCUGCCAUUGCGUGCCCGCUAAUACCGCCUGCUAUGCAGGCUAUACUAUCAAAACCUACACAUUGAUUUCACAUUUCGACACCUUAUUUUUCACCCUGCUCGGUUUCCUUUGUUCUUAUCGGGGAAUAUAUUCAAUAUUUCCCUCUAAUCAAUUUCCUCUAAUAAUCCUCUCUAACUGGCUUUACUGGUAAUGAACACCAAGAUAAUCUGCUAAUAAUAAUAUGUUCUCAAUUUAGUAUUAUCUGAUGAUAAAAAAUAAUAUUAUGUUAAAAUUAUAAUAAAGCGGCUAUGAAUUAUUCGCAAACAUGUGCCCUCAAGGUAGUCGGAUAUAGAGAGUACCAAGCAGACUCACAGGUCAUUAGCUACGCUGCUUAGAGAAGAAGCCAAUUAUUUUUUUUUUCUUCUUUGUGACAACUAUUGACUUAGUUCGGUGUGAUAAGGUGCAGACCAUUUACCAUUUAACCAUUUAAAUCAUGACUUUAUUAAACCACUAAACUGUUAAAAUUGGUGGGAGUACAGUAAUUGGGGUAACCUGUUGUACCCAACGUUCGGUGGUCAGGUCCUGAAUGGACAGGUUAAUUGACAGGGCCUAUCAGAGGUACAGUGUAAGGAAAGUAAAAAAAAUAAAUUUUUGAACUUUUUUAAUAUAAAUAAUGGUGUGAGAAAGUGGUGCAAAAAAGCGUUUUAAUCAUCUUUCAAGAAGAUUUUUUCAGAGAAAAUGUGUUUUUAAACCGUAUAACUAAACUGAUGUUAGCCCGGAAAAACUUUUUUGAUCCCUUUUUUUUCUUUGUCCUGAAAAUAUUUUUAAGUCCGGAAAAAAAUCCCCCCCAACAAUUCUGGAAAAAAAUAAAAUUGAGCAAGGGAUUAUAAAACAAAAUAAUCGACACACAGCAAAAAUUUAAAAUAUAAUCGUGCACGUUGAAAAUGGACCACCACCCUCCAUCACUUUUCUAAUGGUCCGUCCCUUUCCUGCUUCCCGCUGGCGCGCCAAGGAUUAAGAUAACAAUAUUAUCCUGUCUUAUCUUAUCGUGUGACAAAAAAAACAUAUUUCCUAGGAAAUAUUUUUAUUUAACUAACGUUUCGUUUAACUCUCAAAAUAAGUGAUUCUGAUUGGUUAAGUUUUCCACCAACUAUAGUUAAGUUCAACUACUUUUUAUACAACCAGUCAGUACAUAUUUCCGAUAUGCCUCGAACAAAAGCCUUCCAUGUCUUAUAGAACCAAUCAGAAUUUACAAGAAUAAAACCGAGCAAAAUCAUCUUUUCAAUUAAGUGUCAUCUAUUCCAAAUAUUUUUAUCAUUUCGAGUUGACUUUUUUCUUUAGGGUCGAAUGCACGAGUUCAAGCUCAAAUAUAGUUACGGAUAAAAACCAAGGCAAGUGUCGUGAUUUACUUAUAUUUACCUGAAUUACAUUUUUAACCGGUUAAAAAUUGAUUUUCUUUACUUGAAUUAUGGUUUGGUUGGGUGGGGAACAGGCCAGACAAAUUCGAUUUUGGGCGGGUGUUCCGUGAGCAUGCUUGGCCAGAAAAUAAUUCAGAAAUAUCUAACACAACAGCUACAGUGGAAAGGUCAGUUAGGACUAAUCCCUAACGGAUUGUUUAGGGCUAAUCUCAACAUAUCCCGUGGGAGGAAACCAGGGUACCCAGAGAAAACCCACGUCUAUCGAGUAUCGGUCGAGGGUUGAGUCGUUGACUGACUCUUUUCACAUAAGUAACAUACGAUCUCAGAUGUGAAAAAAGCGCUUGCUCUAACCAUUGCGCCACCGAAGCACAGGAUGAAGAUUUAGGACGCGAGUUAGAUUGGGAUUAAAUUAAGGUUAUAGUUAGUAUCAGGGUAGGUUAUAUUAUAGGAUUUGAACAGAGUUAAGAUAAGAUUUAGGAGUUGAGCUGGGAUAAGGGUUGAUUGGGAUCAGUGUCCAGAUUAGGUUAAGGUUAUGUAGGAUAAGAGUUGAGGAUUAGGAAUAGAGUGACGAUUAUGGUUAAGAUGUAAAGAUGUUGCUGUUGCUAAUAUGGAAAUAACCCUACUAUGUUUCUUUCAUAGUGUGCAGUAAACCAAAGGAACUUGGAAUGCGAAAUGGUCUGAUCAGUGACUCGCAAAUCUCGGCGUCAUCUCAGUGGGAUAGCAACCACAGCCCAAGCAAUAGCAGAUUGUUCUAUGCACCCCAUAAUGGUAGAACAGGAGCUUGGUCGUCCAAAACAAAUGAUAUCAAUCAAUGGUUACAGAUUGAUUUUAAGCGACUAACUGCCAUAGUUGGAGUCAGUACCCAGGGGAGAGCAGGACAUACUCAGUUUGUUAAAAGCUACACAUUGUCUUACAGCCAAGAUGGAUCAGUAUUCCAAUCCUAUACAUCAAAUGGUCUUCUCAAGGUAAAUAUAUAGUUAUAUAGCCGAUUUAUAAAUUAAUUGUGAGUGCAACUUUGCUUUAAUUUAAAGGAUUAUUAUAAUAUACUCAAUGUGAGUGCAUGAUAUGAAAAAAUAUCAAGGCCUCAGUUAGUGUUAUCAACGUGCGUCAGCCUUUGGUUUCGUUUACAACACAGACCUUCAUUCAAUAAUUGCUGCCGCAGCGAGCGAACAUUCAGCGGAAAAGGCAGCAGAUUAAAAUAACACAGUUACACAGGUAUACACAUGUUGGUUCCAAUUGAAAGAUCAACCUCGUUCCCAGGGUAUUUCGCUCCCCAAGAGCAAAUACCCUGGGUACGAGGUUGUUGAAAGAUAACCACAAUGCAAAGCGAAAAUGUUGCACAAAGUUACGAGUUGUGUUUGAAAGCUAAAACGAUUUUAGCCGAGGGUGAGUUUAAACUAGGUUACCUAUAAAAUGUAGUAAAUGCUGCCUUUUUAACACAACCUCCAGUGACGAGGUCAAGAAAGAUAGAGGCGAGCCAAUACCGUGCAUCUCGAUAAUUUGCCUCUAUGCUCCUUACUUAAUUGUAAAAUUUAUUUUACUCUUUGUCGUAUGAAUUGUUCCACUUCCACGGUUCUGCAUCCAACAUGAUACAGUUUUACCAUCAAGCCAAAAUGUUAUUCUAAUUGUGAAUCUAAUUGUGUGUAUAAAUCUAGCUAUCAUGGCGAAUAUCAAUUCUAACAAAGGUAUAGUUAACCUUUUAAGUGGCGCAACUCUAUAUUUACUUGCUAGUUGCUAUCAAUCGUGCAUAUAUUCCAUUUUGCGUCCGACAUAAAAUAUAGACAACAAGCUGAAUACGUUUCAUUGCUAGCAUCAGUGGCGCCGUGAGUCCCAUGUUUUGGGGUGGGGGGCAAGGGCAGUACUUUUCCGAGUACUUUUACAAUUGCUUUCGUAGCACUUCCCAUGCUUCACCACGUAAAUUCCAACAACAUUGACAAUUUUCCGACAGCUGUCAACAAUAGAGGGGGUCAUGACCCCCCCCCCCCCCCCCCCCCCCCCCCCCCCCCCCCCCCCCUUCCCGCCGUCCACGGCGCCACCGGCUAGCAUCCACAAAGGCGCGGCAAAGCCGUGUAAUUGAUAUUCUAAUAUCUCAUCACUCGGAUUUUUAUACAAACAUAUUCUGACAAUCUCAAUAAUUUUGUAUUGCAAAGCCCAUCUAUAUAGACUAUAGCUAUUAGCUAAUAUAUAAACCAGGCAUUCCAUUUCUGCUUUAUUUCUCUUCAUGCAAUACAUACAUACAUACAUACAAAACUUUAUACAAACCACGCUGCCCUCAACAACCGUUGGAAGGCUGGUUUACAUGAGGAGCGUGAAAUUACCUAUUUACAAGAAAUUAACUAUUUACAAAAAUAUAACAAAAAAAAAUACAGGUGAUUUUAACUGCACGAUCAUACACAUACAAGCAAGUUUCAACUCAUUCUUUGUUUUAAUAUCGAUUUGAAAGAGCUUAAGGAUUCAGUAAUUUUUUACUCAUGGGGAAGAUUAUUCCAAUGCAAGCCACCAUUAUAACUGAAGCACCUCUUGCCGAAUUCUUUUUUUUGGCAUAGGUGGUGCUAAAUCAGUAUCCCUAUUUCUAAGAUUGUAUACGUAUUAUGUCUUUCAUUAUUAAAUUGAAAUGCUUCUUUAAGACUGGGUGCGGUGUGGCCAUUCAGAAUAUAGAUGAAAAUAGAUUUAAGAUAAUUUCGUCUUUCUUCGAGAGGUAGUUUCCAAUUUAGAUUAUCGAGUAACUCAGAUGACCGAAUAUCUUAAAGUUGCCCCAGUAAUUAAUCUUGCAGCACGAUUUUGGUAUUUUUGCAAGCUAUCUUUGAGCCCAAUUCCUAAAUUAUCCCAUAAGGGGCUGCAAUAGUCGAAAUAAGGCUGUAUAAUAGCAUUAUAUAGCAUUUUGGUUGUCGACAGUGGUACAAAUCAUCACCCCAAUCGUCAUUUUCAGAACCAAGCUCUUGGAAAAGCAAUUUCUUGCUUUUUAACACUGGCGAUAUAAUGCCUAGCCGGAUCAAAUGUUCGUGGUAAUUACUGCCGCCGCAAGCGAGCAAGGCAGUGGACUAAAAUGAUACAGCUGUACAAAAUCUCAAUCUUGAGUGGAGCCGCAAGGCAUGUUGGUUCCAACUGAAAUUUAACCGUCAUGCAAAGCGAAAUGUUGGGCAAACUUACGAAUAUAUUUGAAAGCUAAAACGAGAUUAGCCAAAGGUGGGUUUAAAUACAAAGGAUGAUAGUUUAAGAAAGAGCAUUGCCAAUGUACUUAGUGUAAUAUCACGAAUUUUUUAUCCACUACUGCAUGAAACCUUUUUGCAACGAGAAUGUAUAAGAAACUAAUCAUGCAUAAAAUCAAUCAUGCAAUUAAUAAAAAUCAUGCUCAAAAAGUUUUAAAAGAGUUUUAAAAAUGUUUAAAUAAAUAAAAAAAAAGUUUAAAAAGUUAGAUAUUCAAAAAAGUUAAACAAAUUUGAUUAGGGUUAGGGUUAUAGGGUUAGAGGUUAGGGUUGGGGUUAGUGUUAGGGGUUAGAUGCCGUGAAUUUAUCAUUAUGAUAAAUUCAAAAUGUGCCGCGAAUUUAUCAUAAUGAUAAAUUCGGACGUGUUUAAGAAUUUACUCAUAUAGUAAAUUCAAAGCUGGAGCUCAUGCUGAAAAAAACAUGCGGCCGUCCUGAACUCGAAAAUUUAAUUUUCAGAAUAAUUUUGUAAGAGAUACCACAGACUCCAAGUUAUAAGAGCAAUAAAAUUCUUACCAUAACGACAGUAUUGAUAUUGAUUCUUAUCAUAACAUUAACAGGUAUUUACUGGCAAUUCCGAUACAGAUACAGUUGUUGAUCACAGUCUACCCACAGCAAUUAUUGCCAAAUAUAUCCGAGUUCAUCCUAAAACCUGGCACAAUCACAUUUCUAUGAGGGUGGAAUUCAAUGGAUGUUACAUCGGUAAAUAUAUACCUUAGCUUUUAUUUUAUAAAUAUUACCAGACAUUCAACAUCUAAGUGAAAAGGUCCAAUAAUUAUGUCAGAGGCAGACUUCUUGAACAGAUAAGAAUGAUGAGAAUAGUAAAGGUCACAAGUUAUAUCCUAGAUAUAGUCCAAUAAAUACAUACGAUUUAGACGAAUACAGGUCUUACAUCCUUAAAAUAAUCAAUAUAUACGAAUUAGGAGGAACAGUGGAGAUCCCAUUAAGUUAGAUCGUUGAUAGACCGCAUUUCCUCUAUUUUAAUAGUCCUCUUUCUAAUUGGCCCCAGUCUAAAGAAACGCUGAAAAUUAAGAAAUAAGCCCGAACCCUCUAUAUAACCCCCAUCCUCUACUAAUUAAAUCAUUCUUAAUAUAAACUUGUAGAGAAAUUUGAAUGCAUACUUAUAUAACAUUCACUGAUAUAGCUAAAUAAAGAUAAAUUAUAUGAAAAUUUCUCCAGAUGUUUGCCUAAUGAUGAUUCUGCAAGUUAACAUUUUUUUAAAGAACAUGGAAAUUUAUUACGUCCCCAGCCUCUAUUUUGCCCUCCCCCCUUCUAAUAACCCCCAGUCCAGAAUCACUAGAAUUUUAGGUACACUGGUAUAUUGAGCCAGUAUUAUCGAGUAUAUUGGUAGUAAAUUUUUAAUGAGCUGGAGAAGUUAAGAAUUUUUUUGUAGUAUGAAAACGAUCGAUAUUUCCGAUCUCUCAUGAUAAUCAAUUAUAAAUCAUUGGGGCCGUUAUCGCCGAAAUAGAAAUCAUUGGAGAUACUGAUUAUUCGAGUACCCCGAAAUUAUAGAUGGUUGAUUAACGUGAUGAUAAAGAUUGCAAACACAAAUUAAAUAUUAUAUAUAAUUGUGGAAAUUUAAUGUAUUUUCAAUUGGUAUAGAUUUGUUUCAUAUUUAUAGUUAACUGAAAACAUUUUAUAAAUGUCUACUAUAAUCUACAUUGCUUGCAGAUUGUACGAACCCUGGCAAACUAGGCUUAGAAAAUGGAAGAAUUCGCGACCGUCAAGUUAGAGCAUCAUCUAACUAUGAUUCAAACCAUCGUGCACAAAAUGGACGUCUGAACUUUAUAGCGCACAAUGGCAGAACAGGGGCGUGGUCAGCCAAAUAUAAUAAUGUGAACCAAUGGUUAGAAGUUGAUCUUGAACAGCUAGUCGUAAUCACUGGUAUAAGCACACAAGGUCGUGCCGAUUCCUGUUGUAAUCAGUUUGUCAAAACGUACAUUAUUUCAUACAGCAUGGAUGGCGUGGUAUUUCAAGCAUACAAAGAGCAAAAUCAAAUUAAGGUAAGGAAAGGAAGUAAUUAAAAUUAACAUGCAUUUUUCUAAUUAAAAUAUAAUACCGCCUGACAUUUGGCUAUACUCGACUCUCUUGACUGGCUAGUGGCUGGUGCUCUUAAAAUUGUAUUGAAUUGUAUUUAUCUUAACUACAUAAUAUAUAGACUAUAGCCUAUAUUAUUUUGUUUGCCUUUACAUUAAUUAGUUCAUCUCCAUAUGUCAACGCCGAAGAUUACAUAAAUUUGUUGUUUUCAACUACUUUGUUGACUUCACUGCGAAUGGUAUUAAAUAUAAUCUGUGCCAGGCUGUCAACAACAGAGAUGGUAUACCAUAUAAUGGGGGCUGAGAAGACAUCGCACCUAUCUGUAAAUUAAACAGUUAAUUAUGCAUGUUUGCAUGCGCAUUUCUAGGUUUUCAGUGGUAAUACAAACAAAUAUUUAGUGGUACAUCACGAUUUCUCUUCACCAAUCCUUGCUCGAUACAUUCGCGUCCAACCAAAGACUUGGAACGGACACAUUUCUUUGAGAAUGGAACUUUUUGGAUGCUAUAAAGGUAAUAUACCUCUUCAUGAUUAUUUGCGCUUUAGUAUAUACAGCACAUGCAUACUCUUCAAGUCUGUUCUUCUUUUCCUGAACUUAUGGGUUGGGCCUGCAUGUAACUCGAGCUUUUGCAUCAUUCUCCUUAAGUCAAAAUGUCAGAUCUCUUCGAUAAUCUUCUUAAUCCACCACUCCUCUCUUGUCUUCCUCUUCACCAAUUUCCAUCAUUUCUUGAACGGUUCUUAGCUAAUUUUCUACCAUCCAUUCUAAUAAAAUGUUAUAUAUAUAUAUAUAUAUAUAUAUAUAUAUAUAUAUAUAUAUAUAUAUAUAUAUAUAUAUAUAUAUAUAUAUAAAAUUUCUUUGAAUAGAUUGUGCUAAUGAUACAAAGGACCUGGGAAUACAUAGUGGUAACAUCCAGGUCUCACAAAUCACAGCUUCGUCGCAAUGGGAUUCCAACCAUGGCCCGAACAACGCUAGAUUGUUCUUUACAGCACGAAAUGGAAGAACAGGAGCUUGGUCUACAAGACCAAAUAAUCUUAACCAAUGGUUACAGGUCGAUUUCAAAGGACAAACUGUUGUGGUUGGUAUCAGUACUCAGGGAAGAGAAGAUGCUGGUUCACAGUGGGUCACAACCUACAUGUUGUAUUACAGCAUCAACGGGGUAUCAUUUUUCCCUUACAAAAAUGUUGGCCAAGUCAAGGUAGGUACAUUAUUAAAUAUCAUAGCAGAGUGGUGUUGGUAGCACAGUGGAUCUGCGAUCAGAGUUCUAUUUAUGCAUUCCUAUUAUCAAUUCGACUUAUUCCUGUGUAAAAGGAUCUUUCCAGUUUGAAUUUACCAACGCCACAGGUUAUACUAUAUAGGAGGAAGUGGGAGUGUCCGAUAAACACAUUAAGAGAUAACCCUUAGCAUUUCUAGGCAUUCUAAAGACAGCGGUUUCGAAAUGAUUAGUUAUUCAGUAUUCAUGUGAUAUCUUUGAAGUAACUAUUAAGUGACAUCUUUUAAAAUUGCGUUUGAAUAAAAUAUUGAGUAUUCUUAUCAUCAGUGGUAGUAUCUAAUAGACAUUAUUUUGAGAGUGCAUGUAGGAUGCAAUACUAAUGAUAUAGACGGUUUAAUCUUACUUUAGGUAUUCAAUGGUAAUACAGAUAAACAUUCUGUAGUACACAAUGCUAUUUCACCUGCCAUCGUCGCUCGAUAUAUCAGACUUGAACCAAAGUCAUGGAAUGGACACAUCUCUCUUCGUGUUGAAUUUUACGGAUGUUGAACAAUAUUCGCAACAGUGAGUGUAAUUAGUAAUAUAAUUUUAUCUUGAUUUUCCCCUAUAGUUAGCUAUUUAAAAUUAGGUGGUGUUCUCGAAUGUUUAUAUGUUUUCCUCACAAUCAUGAAGCUGAAUAUAAAGUGUUUCUUUGUCUUAAAGUUAUACGUUCUCAGUCGAAACUCCACAACAUAAAGGGAAGCUGAAUAUAAAGUGUUUCUUUGUCUUAAAGUUUUACGUUCUCAGUCGAAACUCCACAACAUAAAGGGAAACAAUAUGUUUACUGAACACCAGCACUUAGUAGGAUUAGGCAUAUUUCCAUACCAAAUGGCUUGGCGGAUAUUUGCUAGUGGUGAAACGUGUUUGGGUAUAAGAUGACCAAACCGUAGCUGACUAAACAGCGAUAGUCACAUGUAGGCCCUGCGUACCUAUUUUUAUAUAUUCAGCCAUAUUAAGGCCGUUUUCCACUGGGCGAAAUUUUCCGCGCGGAGCGGGAUUUCUCUUUGUCAGUUCUAGUUCCACCCGAGAAAUCACAAGACAAAGAAAAAUUCCACUCCGCGCGCAAAAUUCCGCCUAGUGGAAAACGGCCUUUACACACAUGGAAAUUUUCUUCCAACAUUAAACAUUAAUUUAUUCUCAUUCAACAGCUUUUUAAGGCGUUUAGAAUACUGGCGCAUAUAUAUACAGGGAGAAAACGUAUCCACAUAAUUUUAUAAUAUUUCCACAUUUUUAUAAAAGUCAUUUGCCUUGUUUAUUUUCUAGGGACUUCCACUGGUUAUAUAGAAAGGGAAAUAUAUAUAUCAAUAGUUUCACUGCAUUGCAGAGUUGCACUGCACCAGUCAAUUUAAUCAUUUAUGCCUAUGGAAUUAUUAGAAUAGUUCCUAUUCUAGCAAUUAAUACGUAAUUUUUUAUAUUAUUCUAAUACUGUUAUCAGUAUUUAGUUGCAUGGGUAAAAUAUAUAAGCUAUGUAACUUCAGGCUUAUUAUGACAAACUUUGUGAUUUACAAAUUUAAUGAUUUUGGGCACAAUAUAUAUUAAACUGCAAAAGCAUAUAGUUUUCAC